CCUUUUUUCAUUUUUUCAUUUCUCUACCCUCCUCAUUCUCUAAAUCUCCAGAAUGUCCUUCCUUCGUUCGGUUACCUCCCGGAAAUUACCAUCCGCUGUGGGCUACUGCCGAACUCGAGCUUUCAGCAAUUCGGCGUCGCCUUUGGUCCAGGAUGCCUACAUCUUAUCUGCAGCUCGCACUCCCACUGGAAAGUUUCAAGGAGGAUUCAAAGACGUUUCCGCCCCGCAACUGGGAUCCUACGCUGUGAGGGAGGCAAUCGCUCGGGCGGGUGUUCCAGCUGCAGAAAUCUCUGAUGUCUACUUUGGCAAUGUGUUGCAAGCGUCCCUUGGCCAAGCUCCAGCCAGACAGGUUGCCUUGUUCGCUGGUCUACCGGAGACGACUGAGGCGAUUUCAGUGAAUAAGGUUUGCGCUUCGGGUCUUAAGAGUGUUACGCUUGCUGCACAGAACGUCCAGCUGGGUUUUGCCAAGUUACAGGUUGCUGGAGGUAUGGAGAAUAUGAGCCAAGUGCCAUAUUAUUACCCUCGAAGUACGCCUUCAUUUGGGCAUGUUACAGUUCAGGAUGGCUUGAUCAAAGAUGGGCUCUGGGAUGUAUACGAUCAGAUUCACAUGGGGAACUGCGCCGAGAAUACCGCCAAGAACCUUUCCAUCUCGCGAGAGGAGCAGGAUGCAUAUGCGAUCGAGUCCUACCGGCGAGCAAAGACGGCCUGGGAUUCCGGAGCCUUUGCAGAGGAGGUUACUCCAGUUACCGUCGCAACACGAAGAGGAGAUGUAAUUAUUGCGAAAGACGAAGAAUACGAGGCUAUAAAGUUGGACAAAAUCCCGACUCUUAGGCCUGCAUUCCAGGUGGAAGGGGGUACAAUAACAGCUGCGAACGCGAGCACAUUCAGCGAUGGAGCAAGUGCGGUUGUCAUUGGAGAUAAGUCUAUGGCGCGGAAAUACGGGGGGAAUAGUGGAGUGCUUGUGAGAAUAGUCAGCUAUGCCGACGCCGCCACAAAGCCUAUCGACUUUCCCUUAGCUCCAACCCUUGCUAUCCCUAAGGCGCUUGAGAGAGCUGGUUUGGGAGUUGGGGACAUUGCAAAAUGGGAAAUCAACGAAGCGUUUGCCGUCGUUAGCAAGGUUAACGAGAAGGUUCUCGGCCUUGAUCCUGCCAAGGUCAAUGUUAAAGGAGGAGCGAUCAGUUUAGGGCACGCAUUGGGGUCGUCAGGAUCCAGGAUUCUGACAACAUUGUUGUACGUUCUUGAACCGGGAGAGUACGGCGUGGCGGCAAUUUGCAAUGGUGGAGGUGGGGCGACAGCACUUGUUGUUCAACGGAUUGAGAGUGUAUAGUAGAGAGCAGUGGUUGAGUGGGAGUGAUUACGGGAAUAUAAACACAACUUUUGUGAGCACAAACGGAA